AUGUGUGAUCCUCAAUCCAACGGGAUUUUUAGACGCUGCUUGCAGGGUAAAAUUCAUCAGACGCGAGCGAAAGCGGCUACUGGGCUACUGGGCCCUGCGCCAUCCCCAUACGAGUAUUCACCGAUACGGAUUUAUCGCGAGCGCAAGCGAAACGACACGCGAUCGAUGACGAGCGGCGGGUCAAAGGUGCCCAUGAUUACUCCUGGUGCGUCAGAGGCCAGAAGCCGCGUGACGGAUGACCCCGCUCCCGCCGCCAUCUACGGACCAGUUCCAAGGCUCCAC